AUGGAUCCCGAAGAAUCGACAGAACCAGGAGUUUCAGGACUCCGUGAGAACUUGGCCGCGCCAGCUACAGUCUCGACUUCGAUUGCAAGCCCUUCUGGUGCGGACCUGGAGCCCUCGCAAAACAUAUCUCUAAAGCGAGGUCGGGUAGAUCCAUCGUCAACCUUCACUACAAACGCGGGGUUGGGAACAUCGUUGUCGCCCUCGCCAAAGUCCCCGCGCUUUAAGGGCGCAUUUUCACCUGGCAUUCACCCUCUACCUCUGACUGGAGCCGCAGCUCUGGCCGAUACACAGCGGGAACGAGAAAAAUCCCCGAACCUACGUCCAGGCGCUGUAAGCGAGAACCCGACUCACAAAGUAUUAUCUUCUCUCCUGGCUGCAGGCGCAUCGAAUAUGAGCAAACCCCAGGAUGGCCCCGCACCUGUUGCGAAUAUGGGUGAAGGCACAUCGGCCACCUCAAACCCUAUAUCUCUUCCUAGCCCUAUGCAGUUCGAUGAAACCAGUCAAACCAGCCCUGCAAGUAUUACAAGCAUAGCAAGUAUGGGUAGCACAGGAAGAACUGCGACUGCUGGAUCGACAAUUGUUGCUAGCCCAACGUCAAUGACCAGUGCCAUUGAAGCAGAAAAUCGGGAUACUAGAGCCCACAAUGGAGCCCUCCUCCAAGCCCCUAGUGACGCUCAAUCAUCGAACCGAGCUCUAUCUUUUCCGGGCAACCUUCUAGGUCGAAUAGAUUCUUCACGAAUACCUCCACGCGGCAUGAGUCUACCUAUGCCUGGCCAAGGCCAACACUUAGUACCUCGUUCUCCCUCGCAAAAGAAACACAAAUGUCAAUAUUGUGCUACCGAGUUCACUCGUCAUCAUAACCUUAAAAGUCAUCUUUUGACACAUAGCCAGGAAAAGCCGUUUGUCUGCCAAACCUGUAAUAUGAGGUUCAGAAGGCUCCACGACCUCAAGAGACAUAUGAAGUUACAUACUGGGGAGAGACCUCAUGUCUGUCCCAAGUGCGAUCGCAAAUUUGCUCGAGGAGAUGCUUUGGCGAGACAUAGCAAAGGCCAAGGUGGUUGUGCUGGUAGAAGAGCUAGUAUGGGCAGUUUUGGGGGCGACGAUGACCUUGAGGGUUCUAAUGGCGGCGACGGUGACGAGGGAAUGGAUGGUGUUAUGUACACGACUGGAACCCCGCAAAAUGAAGCUGAUAUGACUGAGGAGGAACGCCGACGAUUCAGUCUCCCUAGUAUCAAAGCUCAACAUGUGGGAAGUAAUUCAGGCAGCGCAGAUAAUCAUGAACCUCAGUCGCGCACUCCAAGCACAUAUCCACCUGCUGGACCGAGACUAGGUCAAAAUCAAGGGGGUUUGUACCCACCCAUUGCCGAACGAAAUGGUUCUUCCAGCUCAAAUGGCCCCCAGAACAUGCAGAAUAACAUGGGUGGUCGACAUUCGCCCAACACAAGUAUCACAUCGCUUAAUACUGGAGGUGGUUCAAUGUUUUCGCAGAGCGGAAUGACGGAGAGUCCUAAACCACUCAGUCCAUCUGGAAUGCAUGGACAUCAAUUAGGGCAUGACGUAUCAAUGAUGAAUCGACAAAGAUCGCCGAGUUUAACCACUCAGUUUCAGCAACAGCAAUUUGGGCGCCGGCAGUCUGGAAGAAACUCACCGCCUGGUGUGUCGCUUCCAUCUUCACGUAACUCACAUACUUCCAAGCUACCAGCACUAUCAUCGUUGGCCCCUCCUGAUCAGAGAUAUACGCUUUCUAGCCAGACUCCAAGUCAACUAGGUUCUCCAAACGCCCCGCAGCAUGCUCAGCAGGCGCAGCAAUCAUCAGGCUCUACUUCUGGAAUGUCAACUUAUCUACCACAAGGUUCGAGUUCAAGCCGUGGUACUAACAGCUCGUCAAAUCACCAAGCAUCUGGCAGCGUCGAUAGCAAUCCCAAUCUCUUUGCUAACGAAGGAAAUGCAUUUGCUUACAUCCAGCAACUGGAGGAUAAAGCCAAGCAGCUGAUUGAGACGAUUCAUUAUAUGGAAGAACAUGCGAAAAUGAAAGACGACAAAAUUGAGCGGCUUUCCGAAGAAGUAUUUUCGCUCAGAAACCAACUUGCUGGGCAAGGUCAGUCUCAACACCAAAAUGCCCCCUCGUAA